CGUUCCACAGUCAUCAUGCCGACUGAACUGGAAGAGCUGGUAGAGUUCCUACACCACGGAAAUACCCAGAUUCGACAAAUCGCCGCGGAAAACCUCGUUGGCUAUUCAACUUCACAGCCAUCACUCUUCAAGCGGAACCAACUCGAGCCUGUUACCGAUCUGAAACUUCUGAUUAAAGAUUAUGCGCCUAUAGCAAAAAACGCUCUCACCAUUCUCGUCAACCUUACAGAUGAUGAAGAAAUUGUGAAGAAAUUGAUCGAGGAUGAAGCUUGUCUGGAAUCUAUACUGCGGCGUGUGACAGAUGCCAAAGAACCCAAUGCAAACGAACACUGCAUGCUGCUCGCCAAUCUCGCAAAGUCCGACGCAAUCGCAAAGCUCUCAUCCCUCAAGCGCGAAAUUCCCAAAUCACUCUCCACGUCACCCAUCGCCAUCGACCAACUCCUCGACUGCUUCGUCAAGGGGGCUUCAGGCUCCUACAAUCCCAAAGCAGACUACGACUAUCUCUGCUACGUCUUCGCCGACCUAUCCAAACACGCCGAAGGACGGAAACAUUUCCUCACGCCUCGCACCGAGGGCAGCACCACAGAUGCGACAGCGGAAAAAGUUUUACCAAUAUCCAAACUCGUCGUUUUCACUGAACAUGCUUCCACUAUUCGCAGACGAGGGGUAGCGAGUACCAUCAAAAACGUCUGCUUCGAUAUCGAUUCCCAUCAAACCCUUCUCGCGGCGCCAGAAGACGGUGGUGUGGGUUUGCUUCCAUACAUUCUCCUGCCACUCAUGGGCAGUGAAGAGUAUGCCGAUGAAGAUACCGAGGGAAUGUUAGAUGAAUGUCAACUCUUACCUCCGGAUAAAGAACGCGAGCCGCAGAAUGAUAUUAUUUGUACUCAUUUGGAAACGCUCUUACUGUUGACGACGACGGCCGAGGGGAGGAAAGUUUUGCGAAAUGUCAAAGUCUAUCCGAUUGUUCGAGAACUUCACGAAAAGAAUGAAGAUGAGGGUGUAAGGGAGAGUGUGGAUCGAUUGGUGCAAGUCUUGCAGAGAGGUGAGGAAGGCGAUCCGGAUCCGGAGGAGGAAGCAAGAAAGAUGGCAAUGGCACAGGAGGCAGAGGAAGCGGCCCAGGGAGGAGGUGCGGGGAGAGUACAGGAAAUUGAAGAGGAUGAAGAUGAGCAAAUUGUGGAAAUUUUGUAG